AUGGAGUUCCGGCAAGAUGAGUUUCGGAAGCUGGCGGGCCGCGCCCUGGGCCGCCUCCACCGGCUCCUGGAGAAACGGCAGGAGGGCGCUGAGACCCUAGAGUUGAGCGCGGAGGGUCGGCCGGUAACUUCUAGCGGGGCUGCAGGGCGGCCGCGGCCGGUGCUGGACUGCACGUGCUGGGGGCUCCCCCGCCGCUACGUCAUCGCCGUCAUGAGCGGUCUGGGUUUCUGCAUCAGCUUCGGCAUCCGCUGCAACCUGGGAGUGGCCAUCGUGUCCAUGGUGAACAACAGCACGGUGCACAAGGGGGGCCACGUGACCGUGCAGAAAGCUCAGUUCAGCUGGGACCCUGAGACCGUGGGCCUCAUCCACGGUUCAUUCUUCUGGGGCUACAUCGUCACCCAGAUACCCGGGGGCUUCAUCUGCCAGAAGUUUGCGGCCAACAGGGUCUUCGGCUUCGCCAUAGUGGCCACGUCCACCCUCAACAUGCUAAUCCCCUCCGCCGCCCGUGUCCAUUACGGCUGCGUCAUCUUUGUGCGAAUCCUGCAGGGGCUUGUGGAGGGAGUCACGUACCCGGCCUGCCACGGGAUCUGGAGUAAGUGGGCUCCGCCCCUGGAGCGCAGCCGUCUGGCAACCACAGCCUUUUGCGGCUCUUACGCUGGGGCUGUGGUCGCUAUGCCUCUCGCCGGUGUCCUCGUCCAGUACUCGGGAUGGAGCUCCGUGUUCUACGUCUAUGGAAGCUUCGGGAUUUUCUGGUACCUCUUCUGGCUCCUGGUGUCCUAUGAGUCUCCGGCCCAGCACCCGAGCAUCUCAGAGGAGGAGCGCAAGUACAUUGAGGACGCGAUCGGCGAGAGUGCCCGCCUCAUGAACCCGCUCGUGAAAUUCAGCACGCCGUGGCGCCGCUUCUUCACGUCCAUGCCCGUCUACGCCAUCAUAGUAGCCAACUUCUGCCGGAGCUGGACGUUCUACUUGCUGCUGAUCUCUCAGCCCGCCUAUUUUGAGGAGGUCUUCGGGUUUGAGAUCAGCAAGGUGGGCCUGGUGUCCGCGCUCCCGCACCUCGUCAUGACUAUAGUCGUCCCCAUCGGGGGCCAGAUCGCAGACUUCCUCAGAAGUCGCCACAUCAUGUCCACCACCAACGUUCGCAAGAUGAUGAAUUGCGGGGGCUUCGGCAUGGAGGCCACAUUGCUCCUGGUCGUCGGCUACUCUCACUCCAAGGGCGUAGCCAUCUCCUUCUUGGUCUUGGCGGUGGGCUUCAGCGGCUUCGCCAUCUCGGGUUUCAACGUGAACCACUUGGACAUCGCCCCGCGCUAUGCCAGCAUCCUCAUGGGCAUCUCCAACGGCGUGGGCACCCUCAGCGGCAUGGUGUGUCCCAUCAUCGUGGGGGCCAUGACCAAGCACAAGACCCGGGAGGAGUGGCAGUCGGUGUUUCUCAUCGCGUCCCUGGUGCACUAUGGGGGAGUCUUGUUCUAUGGCAUCUUCGCCUCCGGGGAGAAGCAGCCAUGGGCGGAGCCCGAGGAGUUGAGCGAAGAGAAGUCGGGCCUCGUCCAGCACGAUCAGCUAGCGGCCAGUAGUGAUGAGAGCGACGGCCCAGAUGAUCCUGCCUUCUCCUACGCUGCUGCCUCUGGGGAGCCCGCUGCACCGGGAGCGCCCCCGGGCCCGGGCCCAGUGCUGGGUCCUGGGCCCCCGCCCUCCUACGGGGCCACCGGGAGAAGUCCUGCCCCACCCGCCUGGCCUCCAACCCCGAGGGACUACUGA